GAGGCGAGCCUGGGAAUGCGCUGGAGGCAGAGCCAGGCUGAGCGCCCGCAGAGCCACCGCGGGAGACAGACGGGGGGAGGAGGCCGGCACUGCCGCUGCUCUGCAUGAGGCUGCAGGGGGUGAGCGGCAGGGCUCGGAGAGAAGGGGUUUAUAAUAAGACGUCAAGAAAGAACUAAUCCAUCUGGGAGCUUGCAUCAGUACUUGGGAGAGCCAUAUGUGACUGCUUCAGACGAGGCUUCAGAAAAUGGUUCCUCUAGCAACCAAGGUGCCCUCACAGACCCAUCCAUCUGCCAGACAGUCCUGCAACUCAUUGGCUUAAUGACUUCUGUCUUUGAUUUGAUGUCUCUUCACAGCAGAGCUCCACUUUCCUCCCUACUUGAGUGUGCCUGAAGGGGGAGAGAAGCACAAGAGAGACAAGACAAUUGAACAUCACAAGUGGCUCAGUCCCAAAAAAAUUAUGCUGGAUGAACAGUGGAUUAGAACUAAAUUUUAAGAAGGAAAUACAAUCUCAGUCUGACAAUUGUCUUCACUUUCAAAUUCAUCAUGGCCAAAAUCCUCUGGCUGGACGGCUGAGGUGAGUGUCGUACGUUUGCUGUUUGGGCUCAGUGCAUAUCCCUUGUACCUACGGCUCAAAGGACCUGGGAGCAGGUGGGAAUUGGAUGAUGCCAAAUGCUGGAAUGGGGAGAGAAAUGGACUGUGACAAGCUAAGAUGGAAGUGACUUGACAGCUUCAAGCCUAGCAGUUGCCUCUAGUAAGGACAGGUUAAGAUUGGAAUCACAAGUUUCGCUGAGAGAGCAGUAUGCAGGAAGCUGGUUUUCAGGCCACAAAUGCUUUCACAGAGUGCAAAUUCACCUGCACCAGUGGUAAAUGCUUGUAUCUUGGUUCGCUGAUUUGUAACCAACAGAAUGACUGUGGGGAUAACAGCGAUGAGGAGAACUGUCUACUUGUAACAGAGCAUCCACCUCCAGGCAUCUUCAGCUCUGAACUGGAGUUUGUUCAGAUAAUCAUUAUAAUCGUGGUGAUAACUGUUAUGGUGAUAGUGAUCAUCUGCCUGUUGAACCAUUACAAACUCUCAACACGCUCUUUCAUCAACCGACAGAGCCAAAACAGGAGGCAGGAAGAAACUUUGCAGCCGGAAGGGUGCUUGUGGCCUUCAGACAGCUCAGUGUCACGACAAGGUGCUUCAGAGAUCAUGUAUGCCCCAAGGUCCAGGGACAGGUUUACCGCUCCAUCAUUCAUGCAGCGGGACCGUUUCAGUCGCUUCCAGCCAACCUACCCUUACAUGCAGCAUGAGAUUGACCUUCCUCCGACCAUCUCCCUCUCUGAUGGAGAAGAGCCACCACCAUACCAAGGGCCAUGCACACUGCAGCUCCGGGACCCAGAACAGCAGAUGGAACUCAAUCGAGAGUCUGUCAGGGCACCACCCAACAGAACCAUUUUUGACAGUGACUUGAUAGACAUUUCAAUGUACAACGGGGGCCCAUGCCCACCAAGCAGCAAUUCGGGCAUAAGUGCAACCAACUAUAGCAGUAAUGGAAGGAUGGAAGGACCACCCCCAACAUACAGUGAGGUCAUGGGUAAUUACCCAGGCUCCUCUUUUUUCCAUCACCAGCACAGCAAUGCGCCUCCUUCAUCACAGAGGGGGAGCAGACUUCAGUUUCAGCAGAACAAUUCAGAGAGCACAAUAGUCCCUAUUAAAGGCAAAGACAGGAAACCAGGAAACCUUGUCUAAGUUACUUUCCCAGGUGCACUUGAACUGAAGACAAGAGAAUCAAACAGGAAUUUGGAGGAAAAUCCCCACAUUCCUGUGCACAAUGUUGUUAAGUUACACGUGGUACAACUUAGUAAAACCAAACGUGCAAACCAGUUCUUUGUUUCUGAUUCCUUUCAGGGGAAUUGCAUGCAAAGUGGAUUGAGAUAAUACAAACUUCCAUUCAGUUUGGCCAUGAGCAGUGUUUUGGGGGAAAAUAUAUAUUAUUUUUUUUAAAUAAACUAUUUGAAUUAUUUAAUUCUAAAAGGAAACUUAGCACAGAAAUUAGGCUUGUACAGCCUGUUUUAUAUUAACUGAAUGGCAGAAAGAAGAAAAUGAGAAGAAAGUUUUGCUAGGUAAACGGGAGAAGAAUCGGCCAGUUUGCUUUUUUCUCCCAAGGCGUGGAAUUUUUUUUAUAUGAAUCAAAAUUCCUGUUUUGUGUGCCAAGGUGUAAAGUUGAGAAAUUAGAUGAAUGCAAGGAGUUAAUUUGUGUUGUGAAAAAUGUGUUUUAAAAAGUUGCACUAUCUUAAUGUUUUAAAAAAUAUAUAUCUGAGGGAACUGUUUUACGUGAAGUUCUUCUAUAUGUUGUCUUUUCAAAACCUGUGGAAUAAUGAUUAGACCCCAGGAGUAAUCUGGAGAGUUUGCCCCAUCUGGUAUUUGUCACUGAAAGAGGAUUGUUGAAUUUAGCCUAACACCUAUUGACUUACAUAAAUCAGGAACUACAGGAACACUUAACAUGUUAUUAUCUUUGCAGUAAUUUGCAUUAAAAUAACAGUGCAUCAAUGAAGUGUCUUGGAGACUUUUGGAUGGAAGUAAGCAAACAUGAAAUUCCAGCAUUUCACAUCACUUAGGUUGUUUUAGCUAUUACGCAGUUUAGGCCAUUUGUUUCAUUUAAAGCAAAACAUACUAAUUUAUAUUAAUUAUUAACAAAGCACUGUCAUUUUUUUUCCUUUUCGCAAUGCAGUAUCGUUAAUACUUAAGGUUUUAGAGAUUUUGUCUUCAGUGUAGCCUGAAAUAUAUUUAGUCACAUAUCCUGAUGUUAUGCAAUAAAUUGUUUAAAAAUGCAAGGUGGUUCUGUCCCGUCCCCAUCCCCCAGAAUGCAGUUAAAAUAAGUGACUCUUUCUUGCGCAUUUUACUGUCCAGUUUCUAUUUAAAUUCUCUACUGAGAUCCAUCCUGUUUAAGCAAGUGGACUUCAGUAACCAUACCCCCUCCUAUGCAGUUUCUGCAACACAUUUGAUACUUUUUACAGUGCUAGUGAUAUUGGCAAUGGUUUCUGCAGCAUUUGAAAGCCAUUGGAAGUGACUUGGGAGCCCCGGUUAAUCUCACUGUAAGCCAUUAGCCUUUUCCUCUGGGCCUGAUCCUGCAAACCCUUACUCAUGCACAUAAUCCCAUUGAGCCCAAUGGGACUAGGCACAUGUGUAAAGAUUACUCACGUGUGUGAGUGUAGGAUCUGGCCCAAUUUUUGUAAUACUAAAGUAAUUGGAAGAUAUGUGUCUGCCUGUCGAAUGUUGCCUAGGUUUUUACUUUCUUUCCAUGGUUAGCUUCUCUGCCGAAGUUAAUGUAAGAAUUGGAAGGCAAUUGAAGAAUGGUGGUAGUGACUUCAAGAGCACACAGAAAAAGCACAAUAUGCACUUAAAAUGCAUUUUGGAAAUGGACUUUAAAAGAAAAAAAGAAUCUUUAGAGUCUUAGUUUUAAUAUUCCUAAUAUAUAUGUGUAGUAGAGUUUUCACUGUAAGGUCUCACUUUUUCUACAGUCUUAAGCCUAGUGCUUUGUUAACAGCAGCAACCAACGAGUGCAUCAAAUGCACUGCAGAAAAGUACUGUACUGUACAGCACCUCUUCCGAUUGCUGGAGGUUGGAUUUCUGUGUGACUUCUACCUACUACAGGGCUUGAUUGAAACAUUGAUUACUGAAGUGAAUCUUUGAUCUAUGCAGAGUUUUAAUGCCAAAACAGCGUGUGUGUAUGCAUGUGUGUGUUCAUUUUAUGGGUCUCUGUAUAGAUAACUUCCUUAGUGAGGUGACUUUGUACUAUUCUAGUUUGAUGAAUAUUGGAAUAACUAUAUUCUGAACAGACAGCCCCAUUUAUAACUGAUCAGAAUCUGCUUGUUUCUUGAUCUGAAUUGUCCCUGGUAAUGCAAAGUGAACCAUUUUUAUUUAUGUAGCUAUAUUUGAAGGGAGAAGUAGGAGACUGAAUUUAGCAGUUUCCCUUACUAAUGCCCCCAGCACAGAUGUUUAUGGGAUGACUGACUAGCUGUCUGUCGAUUAUAGCUCUUGCCUUUUAUAGUUUGUGGGAGUAAUACAUCUUGGAAUUAGAAUUUUACAGAUGACCUGCAGGUUUAGGCCUGAGGCAGUAUCCACAAUUUAAGUCACUUCAGUGACUUUGUUGCUAUUAGAGGUGAGCAGAAGUGAGUUGUUGCCUAGAUCAGGAUUAUUCAGCCCUGAGGCAUCUAGGUCAGAGAACAAAUGGAAAUCAAUUGUCAUUCAGUCAGGGAACCACUGGGCCAGGAGAAGGGUAGGUGAGCAGUCCUUGGCAUUGGACCAGUUUGAAUACAAGCUGUCCCACUGCUCUCCAGAUCUCAUUAAAGCCACAUCUACUGACUUCAAAGCCACCUCUUGGGAAUGUAUCUUCUUUGAGGAUAACUCUUUACCAUCUUUCCACCCUAGUGUCCCAGUGUGUUGGUGUAACUCCUAUUAACAUUGAUGGAUGUGAUGCAUGCACAUACAGAAGAAAACACCUAUCACAAUGGUCUGUUAGGUUUCCUUGAACUAGGGUUACAAACACUGCAGAGGAAGUAACACAUUAUCUCAGCUCUGCAAAAAGAGAUUUUUAGACUUCAUUCUGAUUAUAUCUUAAUGAAUGUUAGUAAUCUUUGAGGUGGAUUCUGCCAACAAUAUUACAAAGGAGUGCUCUUUCUUUCUUUCUUUCUGGUCAUAGAGAACAGAGAACACGCCAGCACUGUUAGAACUGAAUUUUGAAAGAGAAAAUAAGAAGAAAUGAUAUCAAACAAGAAGUCACUGUCAGUCUGUUCAGGCUCAAAAAUGGGCAUUCUCUCCAGGGAGGUAAAUUUUAUGCAGCAAUUCUGGAGGAGUCUCUGUAAAAAGACUCAGGACCAUAUUCUACGAUGUCCUAGCCACCCAAAUGUAAUUUUUAAACUAUUAAAUUGAUAUAUGUUCUUCAGAUUAUCACAUGGGUAAAACAUACAUGGUACAUGUUUGUGUAUGUGUCCAUGUAUGUAUGUUAUAUGUAAAGUACACACAAAUAUACCACAUAUGUAGAGGCUUUUAUCCAGGUUUUUAUCCUCUGACUGCCUCACUUGCCCUCUGCCCAAUAACCUAUCUUCCUCAAGAUUUACUGAAACACUCCACAUUUCUGAGCAACUUCAAACAGCUGUUACUUUUAAAAAAUUUAAUCUUUCAGAAAUAGAUAUUCCCUCCUCUUCUCUCCACCUCAAAAGUAGAAUUCCUCCCCAAAAUUACCCUGUUCUAACUUAGGCCCUGGCUGGACAAGUUUCAGCUGUUGGACUGGUGUCAGUUUUUCUAUUCAGAAAAAAUGUCUAAUCUUCAGAGUGUGUUGCCUGGUGGUCUCACAGGAAUAGGAAAGGGAGCUUUAUGCUAUCAGGAAGAGGGAAUUACAAACUUCCCAGUGGGAUACAUAUCACUUACUUCUAGCCCUGGAAUUACAGAAAAAUCUCUCAAGCCUAUUUUUAGAGGUUUGCCUGGCUCCUUCUGAGCACGGCGCAGUUUGACUUCUGGUAUGUGAGGCACCUGACUUUAAGGUAUGAAUGAGAGAUGAAAAAUAGUCCCAGUAAAAAUGUUAAAAGCUCUCUCAAGUAUUCUUAAGAUAGCAUUUCUGUAAGGUGUAUGGCAUAUAGAGAAUACAUGAUACAGUGAUGUGAUAGGAAGGUUUGGUCAUCAUUAGUUUGGGAUGAUUUCCAUACGCCCCACUCAUAGCUUUGUCACUCAUGAGCAAUGCAUCUAACCCAAACUCAUGCUGAUAACGUUUUACCACACUGUUGUUCACUCUCUGUAUGUGAGAAAACACGCACACAUUCUAUAUAUGCAGUCAUGAUCAACAGAAUAACUACCUUUAUUUUUGUAUCUGCAACCAUGGAAUUAAUUGGAACCGUGCAAUUAAUUGCAUUUAUUUUGCACCUUUGUCCUCAUUUUCAUUCUGCCCACUAAUCCAUCCCAGUUGGAGCUACUUCUGAUGUUCCAAAUCGCAAUAGUACUAGCUUCAAAUGAAAAAGAGCCUGCCACUAAAUUUUUUCCUAUAAUUGUGGCUUGGGUGAAAAUAGGAAUUGAAAUUACACUGCUGCAAGAAUAGCACAAUUCACUAGGAAAAAAGCUUUAGCCCAGUAAAGAAUGUUCUACUGUUCUCCUGUAGGAAGCAUUCAUUUCUAGCCCUGAACCUUAAAACUGACACCUUCAUUUGUAAGAAAUGUUUGAAGGUUUUAAAAAUGUUUUAUAACUAACAUUUCUCUGACUCUGAGUCCUGCACACUCAUGGUAACUAAGGCAACCUGGCUUUCCAGGCAAGGAAUACAAAAAAAUAGUACCAGUCAAAACACACACACUCUAAAAUUGUUCUUAAAAAACUUGUAAGCAGGAGGAAUAAACAAAACACCUGCUGGUGUGUUUGAAAGGAUUAAUUGGGAUUUGGAUAUUUGGGGUUUUUCAGAAACUCUCAUAGCUGCCCUGCCCUGGACUCAUGCCAUACGUGACCAUUGUUUGUGUUUGCCCACAUAGACAUGUACACCUUCUCUCUAUCUGUUCUAGUUAUCCAGAUAUUAAUUAUUAUUCUAUAACCAUCUUCCAGGGAUGCUGCGUGGGUUUAUUUUCUGUCAUAAGCCAGUUUAAAACGUCCCUUUCAUACUAUAGGAAACUAUUUUGAAUCCUGCUGUUGAACAUGGCUCUGUUACAUGCCUGGGCAGUGACAGGUAACCACUCAAAAGGUUGAAAGUGUGAGGAGCACCCGCUCUCUUCCCUCGCCGGUUGAAUAAUGUACGGUACCCUGCUUCAACCAGUUGCCCAGGUUCCCAACUCUGACAUGGGGCACUGGUGCAUCUUCCAUCCAACAGCUCUCCUCAUUAGGAUGCAUUUGAAAGCAGUCCUCAUAUAUUGGGAACUGCCCUGCAGGAGACCACUUGUACUGCGGUCCUGCAGUGAAACAGAUUUUUAAAACUACAGAAGCACAUUGUCUCUAAGGGCUUGUCUAUACUUACGUGCUGGUUCGGCAGCAGGCAAUGGAACUUCUGGGUUCGAUUUAUCGCGUCUUGUCUGGAUGCGAUAAAUCGAACCCAGAAGUGCUCCCUGUCGACUCCGGUAAUCCUGCUCGGCGCGAGGAGUAUGCGGAGUCGAUGGGGGAGCCUGCCUGCCGCGUCUGGACCGCGGUAGGUUCGAACUAAGGUACGUUGACUUCAGCUACGUUAUUCACGUAGUUGAAGUUGCGUACCUUAGUUCGAACUGGGGGGUUAGUGUAGACCAGGCCUAAUAAACCUAGGUGGUACUAACAAGGGACCCAUGUUUGAGAGUUGAUUCAGAUGAAGCUUUGCUUUAGAUUAUUUUUGUUUCCUUUAAGGGCUGUUAUAAGAAUCUUGUGAAAUAUGGUUGGCCUUUCCCGUUGUGUACAUGCCCCGAAACUAACCCCAAAUGUGUCACUUUUGUUUUCCCCCCACCCCCACCCCCAAGGAGGUACUGUCAUAGAAUUGCUUAACAUCUAUAGAGGCCCUUAUAGCAGCAUUUCACGUGUAAAAAACCCUUGUGGGGAUUUGUCUGAGUUACAUCGUUUCAGCUGAACUUUCAGAGUUUCAUUUUAAUUUAUCUUUAUUGGCUGUUUCCUUUUUAAAUUACAAUUUACACUUCUCGUUAUGGGGUCCCACUUUAAAAUCCAGACCAAGACCCACCUAAGAAUGUUGGCUCAGGCCUGGUUUGCACUUAGCAGUUUUGCUGGCAUAGCCGUGUUGCGCUGGAUGUGAUCCCCACCUCCUUGAUUAACAUCGGUAUGUCAGCAAAAGCCCUAAUGUAAAUGCAGUUAAACCAAUGGCACAAAAGUCCUUUUGCUAGUCUAGUGUACUCCAUUUGGGGAACUGGUCAAAGAUCUUUUGCCGAUAUAAGCUGCAUCUCCACCACCGGGGAUUUGCCAGUAUAUAGGUCUAGUUAUACCAGCAAACCCUUCCACGUGUAGGCAAGGCUCAGUAUAGACGAAGUGCUUUGUCCAGAUGGUAAAUAGCACCAAUGCAAAAUUUAGAAGUCGAUUCAUGCUUUGUAAAUCAGCAACAAAUAUUUUGCUUUAAUACAUUUAAAGGCCACUAACACCUCAUUUGUAAUCAUUCAUUCUACAUUUCUCUGCUCUCAAAGCAAAGCAGGGAAGGUCGAGCUUGGUUUGUACUGAAAAUGUCAAAAACUCUCCUUCUGGCUGUACUUCUGCCUUGGCAUAUUCUGUGUUACAUCUUUAGAAUAAAUACAAGCAAAGCUAGUAUUGCUUUAAUGCUAAAAUAUUUUACCUUUUUGUGUUUAAAACAGAGAGAAACAAACAAAAAGAAACCCCGCCCUGUAUGUGAUUUACUGCCAGGGAUGACUGUGGCUCAUUUCUUUGCUAUAUUGCUGCUGCCGCUGCUUUAAAUGGUUUGGUAUGUGAGUUUUCUGAUACCACGUGGUAUGUGUUCGGAUCUCGUGGGUGACAAAGCUGUCUUUUUCUUCAUCCUUUCUCUCCUCCGUUUGUGCUUGUCUGUCUGCUGUGGUAGGGGUAAUAAUAAAUAAAUAUAUACAUAUAUAUUAGAUAUAAUUUGGAGGAGGUUUGCAUGUUAGUAGUUUGUAAGCAACUAAGGGGCCUCAUGUUCAGGUCUGAGCAGAUAGGAAUCCGCUUGCACUCUAGGGGCCAGAUCCGAAGCUCAUUGAAGUCAAUGGAAAGACUCCCAUUGAUUUCAGUGGACUUUGGCUCAAGUCCUAUGCUCCCACCUUUGUUGUGCCUCACUUAAAAUGGUGCUUCUUCAGUUGUCUGUCUCUUCUUCUGAGUUUUAUUUGUAAGGUGCUGUAUAUAACUUGAAUAUAUUAUGCACAUAUCCUACCCAAUGGGUAGAACAAACAAACAAAAAAAUACAUUGUUAAUACUGUAAGAUAAUGUAUAGAUGAUACCAAUUUUAACACAAAAAAGGGCAUUGAAUUUGUGAAUGCCUACCUAUGUGCUUGGUCCUCUUUUGUAAGAAAAUUUGCAAAUGUAUGCAUACAAAUGACAAAAAGUCUAUGUAUUUUAUUUUCCUAUUAAAUAUCAAUAUAAUAUCAUAAGGGAAAAGAAGAGUUUGAACAAAUCACUUUUGACCAGCUUGUAUAUAGCAACUGGUUGUUUGAUGCAUCUUUGCGAUGAAGAUCAUUCUUUUUGUGUGUGUCACUUUAAGGAAAAAGAAAAACAAAACAAACAAACCUUCACAGCUUUAACUUUGCAGCUAGAUGCUUCCCUUUGUUAUCACCUUGUUGUUGCUGAGUUGAACCAGUAUUAGCUACUUCUUCUCCAGCAGAUAUUUUAUUUAUACCCUCAGUUACCUUAUUUACCUAAAGAUGGGCUAAAACCGUAGAACCUCUUUAUCCAAACCCUAUGACACUGUAUGGGCCUUGGAUAAAUUGAGACCUGGAUCAAAACCGAUCCUGCAAAAGUCAAAAGUAGGCCAACAGAGUUUUUCAAAAACAAAAACAGUCCUUUUGUUGCACUUAUAUCUGAUACACAGCCCUCCCAUUCUAUACUCUGAAGGCUUUGUCUGCAUUCAGGAUUCAGCAAUCUGUGUAGCUGCCGUGUAAAGCUGUAAUUUAUGCGGUUUGAUCUUACCCCGAUUGAAAUGGGAGCAUAUUGAAGUGGUUCAAUAUUCAACUUUCCUUGUUCACACUGGGGUUUGCAGCACUGCUGGACCAGUGAUAGCGGAACUGGGGCUAAUACUGAGUAUAGACAAGGCCUAAAUCCGUCCAAGCCCAGUGAGCAGUGGUGUAAGGCCAGGUCAGGUCUACACUUAAAACUUUUAUAAGAAUAAUGAUGUCUGUUCGGCGUGUGACUUAUUUUAUUUUUAUGAAAUUUUAUACCAACAAAAGCCCAAGUGUAGACCCAGUUAUACAGGCAUAAAAGUCCUUUUGCUAGUAUACGUUUUGUCAUUCAGGAAAUUGAUAUAAGCUUUUGCCAGCAUAACCUUCGUCUACCCUUGGAGGGUUUGCUGGUAUGGUUAUAUCUGUUUAGCAAAUCUUUUUUCAUGUAGACAAGGCCUAAUCUUUCGAUUUUGAGGAUGGGGUGGGAGCCAGUUUAUUUUUAAGGCUGAUGAGCAAGAAAAGCCGUUUGCAGUUUGUCCGGGGCUUUGUUGUACGUGGCAAGGCCUUCUUGACAGUUUGCUCCUCCAGUCUUUCCGCACUUUUGGUUGUCCGUGUGCACUCUUGGCGUGGCUUGUUAGGUAAAGCGAAUACCUCAGGAAAACAAACACAAAGUUUGAGUUUAGAAUUGCAGAUAGUGAACUUAUUUUUCUAAACUGCUUGUUUUAAAUAGCCCGGGAUGGUAGAUGAUAUAAAAGUUAACUGUCAAAGACUGAAUAAUCCACUAACGAAUGGCUACUUUUUUAUACUUGUCAGGCUUUAACCACAAGCAUAACAUAGCAAUGUGUUGGAAUAUGUUUGAGGUGGCGUUUUUGUUGGUUUUCAGAUAUCUAGCUAAAUGCUACACUAAAACUCAGGGGGCCUCAUCUAAAGCCAGCUGAAGACAAUGGUAAGACUCCCAUUGAGUUCAAUGGGCUUUGGAUCAGGUCCAUAACACUCAAGAAUUUACUUUGUCCUUUUAUUGGCCUAUCGUGGCUUCUCUCUCUAUUGACCUGAAACUUCAGCUAUCCAUUUGUCUCUAAAUCUCUUUUAAAGAAACCAUCACAGCAGUCCUGUACCUGACUAGUGAUCACGGUUGUUUUGUUUUGCUUUAAAGAACUGUGUAGAUUUUGUGACCAGUUCCUCCUCAUGCCCUUGCAAGUAGCUCUGUCCAUCCCUUCCUUGUGGAAGUAUUGUGCUGUGCUAUCCAGUGAGCAGGUAACAUAUCUGAAUCUGCAUACUUUAUGAUUGUCGUUUGUUAACUUGUUCAUUGUUUAUCAGGCACAAAGUUUUGCAAAUAGGUCUUGCUGGCCAUUUCCACAUUUCUAUUUGCACUGCAGUAAAACGUCUGUGUCUGGGAAAAAACCUUGACUACGAAGAACAUUUACAAAGUAAACCUUGUGCGGGGGGAGUCUAGAGUAUGAUUUACAAUAGCAAACCUUGCAUAUUGAGUGGACCAAACAAGAUGAUGUCUCCUUUAAAAGUAACUAAUCUCCUUUGAAGCUGCAGUGAAAAGAUUAGAAAGUCUGUGAAGUGUAACCAUAGCUCUGUGUUCACACUUCCCAUUUACUACAACGCACAGCAGGCAUCCAUGAUUUAAAAAGAACUAUGAUCCGAAGUUAUGAGAGCCCAAGGCAUCUUACUGCUGGACAGCAAAAAUAAAACACAAAACUCAUUCAGCUUAAUAUCCUUUAACAAAACAACCAUUUCUUUACUCGCAGUACAAUGGCUUGCUAAGCAUUGCCAAGAAAUUUGUCUUUUGUGGUUCCCAACUGUCUAGUGCCUCUGUGUCAGAGUGUUUCAUGAUGGUGUGUACAUUGAUCAAGCUAUUAUACCUAGCAUUUAUCAUCAGAUUAAUGCCUGUUUUCAGAGCUUUGACCAUUUUUGUUGUUUAUUGCUUGUUAUUAUUUUACAGCCUAAUAUGCUUUAUUGCUGUAUGAUUUUGUGGCUUUCAGGAUCACAUUUUCAACACGUCUGUCUGGCUUUUUGUCCAUUUUGUUUCAAGUUAUUCCAAAAUAUGUACAGCACUAUCCACAAUAUUUAAUCCUUCAUUUAAAUUUUAUUGUUGUAAAAACAGGCCUAUUAAAAGAAAAAGUCUUUUUACAACUGUAUUGGAACUUCUCGGUAGCUGUUUAUGUGAAGCUGUGACAAACCUGGCUUACUUUAAAGACUUUUUUAUUUUCCUUUAACACAAUCAACCUGUUGCUUAUUUUCCAACAUAACUCCCAGUUUAUAUACAGGAGAAGAAGAUUUAAUCUGUUGUGUAUCUGCCUCUUUUAAUUGAGCAAAUGGUGAUGUCCUAGUUUUUAGACCUAAGGUCUGUUAUUGCAAUACUUUUAAAGAAAAGAUGUUGCUCUAAGUGCUGUUGUUAGUUUUAAAUACAGAUUUUAUGCUUGUUCUUAAUAUGCUCUGGUCAAACCAUAGCACAAAAUUAUUAAAAAUCAUGAAAUAACA